GAGAGAUGGGGAACAGGCAGGAAUAUGUUUCCACCGAAUACAAAUGUGCUAAAUCAGUUUAAGGAGAAGUUUUAGAAAUUUCCAUAUAUAAAAAAAAGAAACUGAAUCUGUGCUGUAAAGCUGCUAAAUGGAUACAAGGAAGAAAGGUGGUGCCAUAGAAUUGAGGCUUAUGGUGGUCGGUAGCAGUGGACCUUCUCAGUUCCUGCUAACCAACGCCAUACUUGGGAGCGAGGUGUUUUCUAAGGAUGUCAGCAGCCUUUCUGGCAGCACAAAGAACAAUGGUGAGCUGGCUGGUAGACGAGUGGCAGUGAUCAAUGGACCAAACAUCUACGAUAAGGAUAUAUCUAAAGUCAAGAGGAAGAUGGAGCUGAGAAGGUCAAAGUGCUUAUGUAUACCUGGUCCCCAUGCCUUUCUUGUUGCCUUUGACCUGGAGAAAAUCUCCCCCAAUGACAUGAGAACCUCCAGACUGAUGAGGGGACGCUUUGGAAGACACUGUCUGAGACACGCCAUGGUCCUCCUGGCACAUGAAGGAAAUCAGGAUAGAGCUGCCUUGGAAGACAGGGUGAAGAAGAGAGACUGGCAUCUGAGAGAACUGAUCGAGAAGUACGGCGGACGCUUUCACCUUUUCAACAAGAACUGGAGAGACCGAAGCCAAGACAGAGAGCUGCUGAAGAAAAUAGAGUUAAUGGUUGCCUCAUUAGGUGGGGGCUACUUCUCCAGCAAAACUUUCCAGAAGGCCGAGGAGUGCGUAAAGAAGGAGGAGAAUAAGCUUAGGAAGCAGCGGGCAGCAGAGAUAGAGAAGGCAUGGACUGAGAUGGAGAAGCAAUACAUGGAGGAGGAGCUGUAUUUCCAGAAGGAUGCCUAUACGGCCACUAUUGGUGCAGAGAUCAGAGCUCAAGCAGAGAUCAACAACAGCUGGCUCAGAAAGUCUCUAGCAAGAGGCCUGGGGACGGGUUUUGUUGUGGGGGCUGUGAUGGGUGCUCUUGCUGGGUCUAUAGAGGGCCCCGGAGGGAUGGUUCUUUAUGGUAUCAUAGGUGGUGCAGUGGGUGGAUCAGCGGGGGGAACAGCACAGGUGGCAAUAAAGCAUAUGGACAACAGAAUGGCCCCGACUGCCAGACUCAACUUCAAUUCAAUCUUUAUCAACCGCUUCUUUGCAGCUCCUCGUAUGUGACAGCGAUAUUUGACUGAUGGCCUGAUGGAAAUAAAAACUUUAUCGCUUGCUCUUUGUAUCCAAAUUCUGCUUAGGUAGCUUUCUGGCUUAACUGAUAACAAAAUAAAUUACCACGUUAAGCUCUCUUUAAAUUGAAACGCAAGUAUUACACCCAUUCUCCCUUGUUUUGUGUGGUUUUCAUUUCAAACAUAUUUUAAUUAAAUGUAGCAUGUCAGUGUUUUGGCACAGAACCUGAAAGACACAGUGACAAAAUGUCACAGCCCAUUCAUACUGUAAAAUCAGUCUAUUAUAAAUAAAUA